GCGUAGACUGCUGAAAAUAAUUACAGUGGACGAAAACUUCCUGUGAUGUUAUAAUACUUGAAAUUUCGAUUGCUUCUUGUGGGAAGUCGCGCAACAACUUCCAUUGUUAAUGUUUACACCAUUUGUAUUUCGUGAACAAUGGCGAAAACGAAAGUAACAGGGGCUACAAGAAGGCUCAAGCAGGAUUAUUUCAGGCUGAAAAACGACCCUGUUCCAUAUGUUACUGCAGAGCCAGUGCCUUCAAACAUACUAGAGUGGCAUUACGUUGUCAAAGGCCCGGAAAAGAGUCCUUAUGAAGGCGGAUACUAUCACGGAAAAAUCAUAUUUCCUCGCGAGUUUCCUUUCAAGCCGCCGUCAAUUUACAUGAUUACGCCAAACGGGCGGUUCAAAACGAAUACGAGACUGUGCCUUAGCAUUACAGAUUUUCACCCCGACACGUGGAACCCAGCGUGGUCUAUAUCGACAAUUCUCACUGGCUUACUAAGCUUUAUGCUCGAAAAAACCCCAACUUUGGGGUCGAUUGAGACAUCCGACUAUCAGAAGCGAUGUUUAGCAGCAGAAUCGUUGGAGAUAAAUUUGAAAAAUAAAAUGUUUUGUGAGUUAUUUCCAGAAUAUGUGGAAGAGAUAGAGCUGCAGCUGAAGCAGCGACAGGAGGCAAUGUUACAUUCGGACAACACAAACCUGAAUAGUGAAAGUGAUUUGACGACGACAGAACAGCAGUCCAGCCUGUACUAUAUUCUGACUAAUCUUUUUGUGCUAGUUGGCUUUGUUUUUCUUGCAUACAUGGUCAAGUAUGUACUAGUAUCAAUAUCUAAUGACUAGGCAACAUACGGUGUUGUGUAAAUAUUGUAAUUUAUUUUGUAAAUAAAUAUUCCAAUAGAGGCAUAUAGUGAUAAUUUAUGGCGUAAACAUUUGCACCUUAGUAGAUUUGCAAUGGUGAAAGCCACAUAGGUGUUUAGAGCCCAGCCACAAGACAAUAACAUACAAUGUUAAAGAAUAUCAAGACUGUAGGGAUGUAUUGAUCCACACUUAAGGACUAAUGAUUUACCACCAAUACAAGCUUAUGUGCUUCCAUUUCUUUCAAUCACUCUUUAACAUUGCUUAUAAAUCUAUACCCAAUGACAAUUAGAUUUUGUUUUAAAUUUCUAAAUGAAUGUAAAUGUUUUCAUUACUUUCACUAAACUAAUACUUAUUACAAAAAUCUACUUGUAUUUCAAUGUAAGUUACUUUUUCUACAAUUUCAUUCCACUAAGAUGCAAUUGUUUGCGUUGGUUUGAAAGAAUCACAACACUUAUAGCGGGUUGAGCUGGAAGUAAAACUGUUGACCUUACUCUGCUCUACAGAUAGUAAAUAUUGGCUAGCUUACUUAUGUGUUUUUCAAUUAGGAAUAGAUGCAAACAUGUUUAUGUCCAGUUUUUUUCCUUCUAAAUCUGGAGCAAACCUGUUAUUAUUAGGCUUGCACCGGACACCGAAAAAAAUACUUGUUUUAUGCUUAGUAUUUUCCAAAAAGUCAAAUGCAAUCACUAAUUUCUGUCAAUCACAUAUCUGGCUUCAAUAUGUAAUGACAUAAAUGAAUCAAAAAUAUGAUACAAAGUGAUCUUGCUUGACCCAAUGAGUAGAAUUGGAAAAAACCUAUUUUCUUGUCAUAAUUAUACCAUGUAAGUUUAUUCCUCUUGUACCUACCUAUACUUUCUGGUCAUUUAAAAGUGUUGAUUAGAAUUCUAAAUGUUCCCAAAUACUAAAUUGUUGCCAAUUUGUUUAUGUAAUUGUGUUUGCAUUUAUGUCUGUAUUAAUGAAUGAAAGAUUAUGUUGAUUAUGUAAAAUUUAUUGUGAUACAUUAAUUCUAUUAACAACAUAACAUUUGACAUCUACAGAAGUAACUUGUUAAAUGUUACAUUACUUUGUUUGCUGUGACAUAUUUUAAAUUAUUCUUGUGACUCUAGGAUCAAUAAAUUCUAUCCAAAUAUAACUUCACACAUUCCUUUAUCUAUAACAUAUAGUAAUUAAUUUCCUAUUUCUCGCCUUCCUGGCCAAGUGAACCAAGCAGAUUAUAGAACAAGGGAUCUUAUAGUGCAAAGAUACCUUUUCAUAGUAUUUACACUAUAAAUAGCUAUUGCAUAGUUACCUACCGUUACAUAGUAUAGUUUUCACCGAACAUGUUAUUAAGCAGCAACUGUCAAACAACAGGUUACAUUAUUCAAUUUGUAUGCAAAUGUUUCUGCAAAGUUAAUGUUUGAAUGCAGUAAAUGUGUUAUUUUUGUAUGAAA